UGUGAGGGAGGGAGGAUAUACGAGGCUCCCCACAUUAUGGUGAAAUACUGCGAAUGACAUAAGUGAAAAAAGAACAUAUAAAUUGUGGCUUUACAUAUCUAUUCACGGAUGAUAAAUGUGGAGUAGAAACACGGAGUGACGGUUGUUAUAUGAGGAGCUGUUUGACCGUCCGUGUCGAGUUUCUUGAUAUUUUUUGAAGACGUGUGGGAGGCGGCGAGAUGACCAGCUGACAUCUCCUGCUGGACCACACUGCCCACACCCUCUCCUGGUUGUGAUGGUGGCAGGUCGAGGCUAUAAAUGUUAAAGGCGAAAACCGACGUGAAGGUAGACCCAAACCAGCCACGAUGAAGACCAACGCUGCAGAAUACUUCAGUAGCCUGUCUCCGCUCAAAGCAGCAGGACAGUCACCUGGGAGCAGAGCGUACGAGGCCCACGUACAAAAUGGCAGGUCCGGCAGGUGUCACUGCUGUCCGUACGGCUACCAUAUUGACCUCGACUUUGUGCGCUACUGUGAAAUGCUCACACAGGGCUCCAAGAACGACAACCCCACACUCCGGCAGCUGAAGAAAAUGAAACGUGCUCGUCGGAGGCAGACCAAGUCCAUGGAGGUGCUGCUUGGUCUGUCUCCGGGGAAAGAAAACGAGAUUCCAGACCAGCAGCUUCCUCAGACUAAACUGGAAAUUAUUGAGGAGCCAGUGAAAGUCGUUGAUACCUUGAACAGAGAUGUGUCGUCUAUUGUACGACGAACUCAAUCUCUGCGAGAGCGAACUCCACCUCCCCCUCCUCCCAGGCGAUGCACAACUCCCAUAAUGUCUGGACCUCCUCCAGACGUUAUCAACACAACAAACUCUAGUUCUGGGUUAAAUAAUAGCUCCACUUUGGAUGCAAGUGAAGCUCUUCAGGAGGCAGUUAUGGAUUUUGAGGAAAUGCUUGAAAACUCCCGUGAGAAACGUCUGGUCAAGGAAAAAUCGGAGACCCUGCCACCCAACGUUCCUUCUCUAGACCUGUUACACCACACUCCUCCCCCCCACACUCACCCGACCAGCCCCAAGUCAGGGGUCGGGGUAUCAAGAUCACACUCUCUCCCCCGACAGUGGUUUAACAGGUCUCUCUCCCCCCUGUCUUCCCCUACUACCUCCUCCUUAACCUCACCCACACACCACCCUUCCUACGGCACUGGUGAGGGCAGUACACAGAUGGCAGUACUUAAGGUGUUGCGCCGUGGGUGGUCGAGAGCCGCGCCAGGUGGCCAGAAGCCUCACCGUACCUCCGAGAGUCCAUUGCCAGAUGACUCUCCAUUAUUAGGCCGCCAGCGCACCAACUCCACCUCCUCCCUCUCCUCCAUCUCCUCUGCCUCGGGGUACCCUGGUGUGGUGGGCCCCAUGACCCCCGGUGCUACUGCUGGUGGAGGAGCUGUCUUCAACAAUGGAUAUGGUCCUCCUGCUGGUGUGGGAAUAAUACAACAACACAUGAUGCCCCGCCUCUCAGAGACUCUGGCUGCUCUCAACGCUGCCCGGGGCUGUUCUGUCAUGCACCAGGACUUUGAUACUAUGAGUGUCACAUCUGCCAUGUCUGGAGUCAGCACCACCACACUCCAGUCCAUCCGUGACCAGAUGGCCACAAGUCUGGCUCGACUGAAGGAACUGGAGGAGGAGGUGAAGACCAUCCCCAUGCUUCAGAUAAAACUGAACGUACUGAAGGAGGAGAAGCGACUUUUGGUCCAGCAGCUUAAGUCAGGACGUAGAGGUGAAGACGCUGCCUUCUUGUUGCCUCCGAGUCUGGACGGUGACCUUACUGACUUGUCGGAGGAUGAAUUAGAGGGCAGGCUGGUCAGCUUGAGGAAUGUCUACUCCUCAACACCUCGAGCACCGCGCAGACGUAGUGAAUCACCGAUGAGAGUCAACCUUGAAGAGUUUCGUUCUUACCGUCGUGCACGCCGGGGGUCAGUGUCGGAAGGCUCCGAGACAGAGUCAAUUCGCUCGGUGGUUGAGGACACUCCACUCUUCAUAAAGGAAGUUCAAGAUCACAUCACGGAGAGAAGACUGAGUCAGGAAACGUCGAGAGAGACGCAGACAGCUCAUAGCCAUGAUGCAUCAUUGGAAAAGAGAUUAAUUCACAGUUUGCCGAAUACUCCCACGGUUGUGCGAAAAAGUACAAGAGAUGCAGCAACGAGCUGUCGAGUCUUAACCAGAGAUAUUGGAGUUUCUCACGUGGGUACUCGAACAAGAACGGUCGGACUGACGACUGAUCGAGUGGAUGUCGAGAGAAAAAAGGAAAUUAAACCCAAACCCUGCAUGCAGUGCUAUGAGAGAAAUCGUAAGACUUAUGAAAGCAAAGGUACUGGGACACCAUUAACAUCACAGUCGGAGAAAUUGAGAAAGCUUAGUAUUAGCAGUGUGUCACUGGAGAGCGUAGAGCCGGAUGAUGUAGACCCCGAACACAGGGACCCAUUAGAGAAGGAAGGCAGCCCCAAGAAUACCUUCUUACAAAGACUAGGCAGAAAGUCAGCCAUCAUAAGCCGCCUCUCAGAGCCUCAGUUGGCUCCUCCGGUUCUCACAUUUGACAACUCCACAAACACUGAAGUUAUAUACAGAAGAGAGAAGCUUGUCAACACCAGCUUAACCAUGAGUGACUUGUUUACUAAAGCUGAAUUAAAUGAACAUUUAGCUGUAGCCAAAACAGAAUGGGAGACUACAAGAGAAAGACAAGAUCUCCUCAGACGUUUAGCAGAGUCCAGCAAGCCUCUCACAGUAGACAAAGGUGCCCAGGUCACAAUUAAUGAUCCAAGCUUCACCAAGACAAAGUUUCAGCCACUGUUACAAAGUGUUGGUGUUCUGGCUAAACCUUAUACUGUGGAUGUUGGUGUUGGGGCAUCUAAAAUUACUGACAGUUCAUGUGAGAAAUGUGCCAAUGUUAGAACCCGAUCUGUUGGUUCAGGAGAGGGGACCACUACGGGUCUCCUGUGUGAUAAAUGUGUGUACACUAAGACUAGAUCUGUUGCAGUAGGUGAUUACAGAUUAAAUGAUAAUUGGUGUGAAAAAUGUUCAUCAGUUCAAACUAGAUCUGUAGGUUCUAGUAAUGACAGAGUUUGUGAUAGAAUUUGUGAUCGCUGCAACAACCUUCACACUCGCUCAAUUGCUGUUGGCACCAUCCCAGUCAUUGAGAGAGUGUCGGAGAAAACUAAACCCAAGCCGUGUAGCACAUCAUCUACAUAUGUUCAAACCAGAGGGCCAGAAACUCGUACCACAGGCGUAAAUACCGUGCCCCUCAACCUUAAAAAGGAAGAUAUUUAUUCUGAGACCACUGCAAGUCCUCCAAGCCCAGCACUUACCCCAGAGGUAGAGCGUCGGUCGUACGGUAGUUCUGGGGUACGAGUGUGUGACAAGUGCCACGAAACCAUUCAUUCGGUUGCUAAAGACAUUGUCAACACCAGUGGUACAGCGUCUGCCACCAAUCUUCCACCAUUGCCUCCGCAAGCAUCUAAAAUUCCACGCCUAGUCGACCUUACCAAGGUGGAACCUAGAUUAGAAUUGCCAAAACAAGAUUUAAAGACCAGUGCCAACCUUACCACUAGUCUUGGAUCAAGUCUGUCAGAGACACAAGUGUCCAGCCUCAACAGCAGCUUCAUAGAAACGAAGCCAUCAUCACUACCAGCUCACAGCACAACAAGUAUAGGAACUGUACAGACCAAGCCAUCAAAAUUUGAGCAGCCAUUAAAUGCAUCAAGUGAAAAUUCAGCGGCAAAGUAUAGCCAGUCAUCAUCUUCUCAUGUCACUAAAGUUGAAACUUCAAAAUCAGUCUCAGUAACCACUGGAAGUCAGGACUUGAAGUCUGUUGUAUCAUCACGAAAAACUGUGACAACUGAGAGUGAGAGUGUGAAGCCAGAACAACCCCCAGUACUGACGGUCACCUCUGCUGGCUCAUCCAAGGCAUCAUCAGGCAUCCCUUCUCUCAGUACCUCUCCUCAGACAAAACGCGUGCCGUACACCCGCCAACAGACGUACACCAAGUACACCGAGGGGUUGGUCAACCUCGGGUUUGACGAACGCGCUGAUGCUGAGGCUAAAACUCAGAGGGAAGCAAAAAAGAUCGAAUCAACCAAGAGUCUGCCAAACAUCGCGGAAAAUAAUAAUAACUUGACCAAGAAAGUUGAGGAAGUAAAGAAACAGAAAGAUGUAGAAGUGAAAGAGGAAGUCACAACAGAUGCUCUUUGUUGCAGGACCAAAGAGCCUGAACCGGUCAUCCAGGCAAAGAAAGAAAGUGAGUCUCGCUCUCGCUCCUCCAGUGAGUCAGAGGCUGAAACCUGUGACGAGGAGUCCUUGAUGGGGGCGUCUUUCACCUCCCAGCCUGAGGAUCAUGCUGUCCCCUCAUCAUUUCAGAGUGUGUCAUCACUGUACACAACUACCAGUGACAAGAGCAGGAAGAAGUCGGUACCAUCAAGGGAGAUGAAAGCGGCACUGAAAGUUGUGAAUGACUCUAUUGGAAAGCCAGUUCGGUCAGGACAACAACUUACCAAUGCCCUCAAUAUUAUCCAGAGAGAAUGGCUUAAGACAUCAAGUCAGAAGGAUGCUGACCCUCAUGCUGUAGAGGACUACAUGGAUGUGUUUGAGGAGUACUCAAAGGGCCUACUGCAGCGUGUUGUUAACCUCAGUGAUGUUAACGGGAACACAGCCAUGCACUAUGCAGUUUCACAUGGAAAUUUUGAUGUUGUGUCUGUGCUGCUGGACUCCAAAGUGUGUAACAUUAACCAUCAGAACAAAGCAGGGUACACCGCUGCCAUGCUGGUGUCCUUAGCACAGAUACGCUCUGAGACUCACGCCAGCGUUGUACAGAGACUCUUUCAGCUCGGUGACGUCAACAUUAAAGCCAGUCAGCACGGCCAAACUGCACUCAUGUUGGCAGUGUCACACGGACGACUAGACAUGGUCCGUAUGUUGGUUGGUGCCGGGGCAGAAAUCAACAUCCAAGAUGAAGACGGUUCAACAGCGCUCAUGUGUGCAGCAGAACACGGCCACCUGGCUAUUGUCAAGUUCCUCCUUGCCCAGCCUGACACUGACCCCUCACUUAUGGAUAAUGAUGGCAGCACAGCUCUCACCAUUGCCGUAGAGGCGGGCAACAAGGACGUGGGUGUGCUGCUGUAUAAACACAUGAACUUGUCCCGAGGAUCUUCACCAUACUCCUCUGUUAGAAUCAAGAGGUCUCGUACGCCCACCAUGAGCAGGUCAUCAGUGACUCCUCCUCCUCGCUCCUCGGCGCCGUCCUCGCCCGGCCGCUCCAGGAAGUCGUCGGCUCCUCCGUCUCCUGGAAGAUCCAGACAAAGUUCAGCAUCACUCUCUAACCUUAUGAUAUAAUGGAAUAUUUGUCAACACUCCUACUAGAUUGUUAACUAAUAAAAGGGUUCAAGAGUUUAGUAGCUUUGCCUUCUGUAUUGGAAUUAGAAUAUUUUCUUAAUUUUCAAAUUACACGGCAUAGUUAGUUAUCUGUGUUUUCUGGCUAAGGUUUAAAGUACUAUGAGUCUCUUGUAGUUGAAAAUGAUCAGUGUCAAUAUUGGCUUGAAAAUAUGGUAAAGGUGAAAUAAAAUGGUGCAUUGCUGCUCCCACAUGGUUUACAUAGAUGUGCCUUAUCUGCAUAUUUAAUUUGAGAAUUUCUGUGAAAUAACUAAAUUUUAUAUUUGUAUAUUUUAGUGUGUGUGUGUACAUUGCUGUAUGUGUGUGUGUGUGUGUUUAAGUAUGUGUCCAAAUAUGAGUAAAGACAGUUUUAGUAAAUAAUUUGGUUUUAUCAGUAAACACACAACACAUAGAUGUAAAAUAACAUUUUAGGAUUGUGUUGUGUCAUUGCUAAAGAUCUGAUUAAACAGCUGCCUCAAUUGUGAAUGAGAUUCUUGCUUAGAUAGCUGGUGGUUGUCAGGCCAGCGAUGUGUUAGACCUUUAUGUUAUGUGGUGUUGUACUGCAGCCACUGGAAGCACAUCACUUGGAUUGGUUUAUAUACAGUAGACCAUUAGCUCAUAUUUCAGUUAUUCAAACACCUGUCGAUAAGAAAACUUAACUUUAAGAAUUAUGAAAGAGAUUAUCUGGGAUUUCCUCCUCGUACAUCCUAACCUAGAAAUAUAUUAUAACACAUACAGUAUGUGAACUUGUCAGUGACCUCAUGGUUUAACCUAUUAAAUUUUUUUAUAAUUUUCAUUUGUGUGAAUCACUUCCAUAAAGUUUGCUUUUGAUUGCCCAGUUGGGUGUAAUUAACAGGAGUGCCCCAGACUAAUGACCUGUUCUUGUCUGGGGUCCUCACCCAACAAAACUACCAGAGGAAACAUUUGUGAUUUUUAGUUUUCAGUUUCUGGCCAACAAAAGAACCAUGGAAAGUUGAUGCUCUGCUGUAGAUGAUUGUGUGGGAGUCUUUUAUUAAUAGGCUAUUUAUUAACAGUGUGAUAUGUGGGGUCUGUGAAAGGUUAUGUGACCAAUAUUUGUGUUUUAAGUAGUACUGUGACACCAAGUGUAGCUGUGUGGGAUUAUUUACAACCCUAACUUGCUGUGAUGCUGUGUGCCUGCAACGCCUUAAUGUUUAACUAUUCUUAUACUGUAUAGGAAAGCUUGGUGAAACAACUUUUACAAAUAAUUUUUACUGUAGUGAUGUCUCUGUUAGCCGGAACAAUUGGUGCUGAGCACUUCCGGGAAUGAGAGAUUUCCGGGUAACGAGACGAUUCUCUCAAAGCCGGAAAAAAAUCCCUCGUCCCCGGAAUUUUCCGGGUAACGGAAAAUUUUUCUCAGAAGUUCCAGAAAAUGUGCGUGAUUUUCAUCUCUGAAACCCUGAAAAAACUCCCCCAUCUGGGAAAUUUUUUUUGUAAUUUUCCUGAAAAUGUGCCCCUUGGAAAAUCGUUCCCAAAGCAGAAAUUUCAUGGAAAAUUCCGGCUUCAGGAACGACUUUCCAAGAAAAUUUCAAUUCCGGCUAUGGGAGAGUUCCGGGUUUGAGGGAUUCCGGCUCACGGAGAUAUUACUGUAUUUGCAUAUUCAACAUUAAUGCUGUGUAAUAUAUGAAAAAAUUGAGAUCUUAAAUACAGUAUAUUUUUGCCAAAGAAAUGCAACUUGUAGAUUAAGCGGUAACUGAGAGGAUGGUUCACUCUACAGGCAGUGUCCGAGUUACAACUGUCCGACUUACAAUCAUCUGCACAUACAAUUGGGAUCCCAAUACUGUACAGUCAUUGCAAUUUUUUUUUAAUAAAAAUCCCAUUUUUUCCAUUACUGUAUCUUCAUUAUUCUGUAUUGUUUAACAUCACAUUAUUUAAAUUAUUUGUUAUGUUUGGGAUAUUGUUGUUGUUUGGUAUGGUCAUGGAAGUAGUACUGUUGUGACUUACCAACAAAUACACUUACAAUGACGGCCCGGGACGUAUCCCCGUCAUAAGUCGAGGACCGCCUGUACCAGAAUCAUAUCUCACUUUGUAUGUGGUACUGUACACAUUACACAGUGUUGUUAGGCCGUUGUGUAUGGGGCCUUUCCGAGCUGAAUAAAAGCAUCUGGUGCUGGCCCCAUAGUGAAGGGCUUAAUGAGUUAUUCAUAAUUAAGCAUCUUGGAGGAAUGUCUUGGAGAAGAGAUGAAAAUAUGUACAUGAAAAAGAAUAAAUUUACUGUGUAUACUGGAGGAUAUGAAGUACAGUGUGAUCCAAAAGUUGCAAUGCACCGAGGGAAAUUAUCCAUUUGGUGUUGAGUUACAUGACAGUAAGAGUUGGCACGAGUGUUUAACACCAUGUUACAUCACUUACAGUCACAACAUAAUUGCCAUUGUUUUGAACAUUUAGUACAAGUUUUAUGUUAUAUAUUAUGAGUGAUAAAGAAUAACAGCAGGAAAAAAUUCAGUGCACUGCAACUUUGUGAUCACCCUGUAUUACUGUAGUACUGUAGUCUGUACUUUAUGCACUACCCAGAAAACUUUGCUAUGAUGUACAUUUGGUGAUGGUGAGAGAUAGUUCCUUUUACAUAUUCUCCUCCUUUUUAAGAUUUAUGUUCCCCAAAUACAAACUGUCACCAGUGAGGCUUGUGCCGGGAGGUGAUGUAAACCCACUAGUUUAUCAAUUUUCCGUGAAGGACUAGUUGUGACACACUGGUCAGGAAGGAGAGGAUAUGUUAAUGGAAUUAUCUCUCAACAUCACACUGAAUUUACAUCUUUGUAAUGUCCCAGUUUAUAUUUAUGUGUAGUACAAGAGCUCCCCACAUAUAAUGCAUUUAGAAAAAAUUCCCUUAAUUUCAUAGGCUUGCCCAUUGAUCUCAGACACCAAUAAUUCCUAUGUAUUUAGCCUUUAAUACCCAUGAAUAUAUGUAAUGGUUACCUAUAACACAUAUACAUAAUUAUGAUGCAGUAAUAAAAUAGUGGCCUCAGUUGUUGCCUGUACAAUACAGUAAUGUUUUUAUUGGGUGCUGGUGGAAAAGUGGUGGAGGUCAAAUAUUGAUGGAGACUUAGUUGGCUGUGACACCUCACAUUAGGCCAGAAUCUGUUCACUGAGCAUUCCAUAAACAUUCCAUACAUCUUGAACUAACACGGCACAUUGCUGUGGUAUCCAAAAGAUGAGAUUGUACUGAAUUAACUUUCCAAAAGUUCUUUUGAGUGUUAAAACCAUUUAACAUGAUGGUUAAUACAAGGAUGGGACUGAAACACUGAAAUUAUGUUGCAAAGAUUUACAGUUGUCUUGGUUACAGUGUUCAGUGAUAGAGAGAGCUUUAUAGGUUUAACAUUAAGUGUCAAGCUUGUGAGUAGAGUACAGUACAGUACAGUACAGUAAGUGUUGCAUCUGUAUUAUAUAUUAUUCCCUUACCACACAAGCUACAACCUUAUCUGUGUUAGAUAGAAUUUGAUGGUUUUUGUUUAUCAGUUAACUAGUUUUAAAUGUAAGAUAGUGGAUUCAUGUUGUGUGCUACAUGUUAAGAUAAUUUGUGUAAGCAGUUUGUUGGUGCCAGAGUUACUUGUGUUAUGUGGCAGCUGAGAGGCCAGGUACAGUACAGUAGUUUAUUUACUUCAGUAAAUGUUAGGUGAAAUUAUUUUUUUAAAUUGGCUUAUACUGUACAGUAUAUUGUUAUUGUUCAACAGAUGUUACAACACACAGGUGAAAUAAUAUAGGCUGUUAAGGUGAUAGACAGUGAUGCACCUUGUGUGUUGUUGUACUGUAAUGUUGAUGGUAACUUAUCCAUCUGGUAGUCUAUUUGUUUUACAUGUUGCAAUUUUAUGUUAUAAUUUUAACUGUGUCUAGUGAGUUUCUGUUUUAUGAAUUAGAUGUUAAGGAGUGUUGUUGUCUUCCAUAUAUAUUUAUCAUUCAUCUCAUUGUUCACUGUUUUGUCUAUUUCCAUCUGAAGACUCUUAGCUCUGUACUAUGGAGUCAAGACAUUCUACAGGGGGUAGCUCCAACUAAACAGUUUUGCUCCAAGCUCUUUCAUUCAGCUGUUCCAAAAAAUAAUUUAUUUACCCUGUUAGGUACAGUACCUUGUAUCUUCACCCUCCACCAAUCUCUUGCUGUGCAGCCUCACUCAGCACAGGAUAUAUUUUAAUGUAGAAAUUUACAUUGGUCAGGGAUGCUUGGCAUCUACUGUACAAAGGUUGAACGGCUAAUGUGUGUACUAUGCACCAAGCCAAACAGUGUGGUAACUGUGGGGGUAUGGGGAAAGUUUUAGCAACCCAACAGCAGGGCCAAACAUUCUGAUUUUAAACAUAUAUUUUGUCCAAACAGCAUAAAAUGCUGUAUUGAAAUGCAGUUUUGGGCAUUGGAAAGAGUAACUAUUCAAGUUUUGCUUUUCACUAAAGCAUAUGGAAAAAACCAACAUUUUAAUAUUUUAUGGCAUUUGCACGUAAAAUAUGUUUGAAAUAAGAACGUGCCUUUAUGGACACCCUGUAUAACACUUUAUUGUUAACAUGACGAAAUGAUAAGCAAUAACGUAAGGGGAAACAAACAAAGAAAUAGUGGUGUUUAAAGGGUGAGUUGACUCUAGGCCACCACCAGGUGCUAGAGUGUGAGUGGUGAGGGAAGGCCUCCCCUAUAACACUACCUUCAGCAGUCAUCCUUCUCUCAUAGUAAAUAUUGGUACAUGACCCAUGACAGCUAGAGUGGGUCAGGGUGUUGUGAGGUUGUAGUGUCAUUAUAUUAUGUAGUAUGGAAGAUUAUAUUAGUACUUACAGUAUAUGAAGCAUUGUUUUGUGAAUUAUAAUAAAAUUUUAAUGUCUGGACUCCAUAGUUACAUCCAGUAAUUAAGUUUCAUGUUACCUUUCUGUGGGAGCCAGCAUAAUAGAUGGCACUCUUAUGAGAACUUUUGUUUGGUUAGCCAGUUUGGGUAAGGUAUGAGGGAAAUUAUUUUUUUCAGUUGGCAGGCAUUUAACUGAUUUGAUUCACGACUAACAGAUCUCAGUAAGUGUUGUUUACCAUUAACUUUUUAUUUGGUCAAUAAUAGUUUCUGUUUAGCAGCUACAUCUAGAGCUUGCAUCAUGAAAUUAAUAUUUAGUUCACGCGAACUAGCUUUGGGCUUGCAUCUGAAGCUUAUAAACGGGAGGUUACUGUUCCCUUAACCUGUUUACUCCUACGUGCAGCAGACCCACAAGCCCAGCGUCAUAGAUUUAAAAAGAAAAAAUGGAGCUAUGAAUAGUAAAUGCAAUAAGGUUUGCAGUUGAGUGUUUGGGCUCCUUACCACUGCUUGUGGUUGUGCCAAGCUUAUUUAGAAUAAAUAUGUUGUUGCUACUCUGCAAUAAAUGAUCAUAAAGUA